AUACGUAUGACAAAUCACGAUUUAUUAAGAUAACUAAAGAACCUAAUUUUCUUCUAAUAAUGAUGUAUUCUUUCUUUCGUAUGCCAUGGAAGUGAGGAAAAACAUGUGAAAUAUUUUUCAAUGUUUCUAUUUCAUUCCAAUGCUCUUGAAUCAUUUUGUGGACUUCAGUAAAUACUAUAAUUAUUGGAGGUUACUUUUAAGAGAGGCGAUGACUGGCAAAGAGGAGGAAGCGACUGAAAAACUAUUGCCCUGCAGCUUUCAGUUUCAUGAUUUUGUCCUCCCAGUUGGAGACCUUCAAAUCUCGUGUCAAAUUAUCAAAAUGGAAGAUAGUUUUUAUUUAUGGGUUGGCGAUUUCAAUGAACGAGCUAUGAAUGACCUGUCGCUAGCUAUUAUGACGAAGUACGAGGUACAGCCUGUUUCUACGAGACUCAUGGGGUCCGUUGCAGAUGCUACUUCAACUAAUAUGGCCCAAAGGUUGGCUAAGAAAUAUGGAAAACCUGUCUACGUUAGUUUUAAUGUGACAACGAACAAUUUACUGCUCCCGGGCAUUGAAAAGGCGAUUCAGGAGCACUUUAAGAAUCACCCUGAUGUACUGUGCUUCUCGGGAUGAUUAUAUUAAUAGAACUGGGACAUUUUAUAUGCAUAAUUGUUACAUUUUGAUACAAUAAAACAUGUACUUUUGUAUAAGAAUAUUAAUAUUAAAUGGACCGUAACAUGC